GUAAGUUAUGCUUUGUUGAAUUUCCUCUUCUGUCUUACAGGAAGUUGGAAAAAUAUUAAUUUUCUUGUGAUCAUAUCUGCUGCAGGAUCUGAUUUCUGAAAGCAGCAUCAGUUUGUGUUUCUGUAUUCAGUAGUUUGUGGUCUGGAAGUGUGAAACCUAAACAUGAAGCUGGAGAUACCAGAAGCCUUUGAAGAUGUUACUGUUGAUUUUUCAACAGAAGAGUGGAAGAUGUUGAGUAAUCGGGAGAAACAACUGCACAGGGAAGUGAUGGUGCAGAACUAUGAACACAUGGUGGCAGUAGGUUUCAACGUUCCCCUGGAACAACUGUUGUUUCUGAUUGAGAAACAUGAGGAAGUUGCUUCUGAGUCUGCACAGGGUGUAGUAACCCUGCAUCAGAAGAAAGUGCCUGAUAAUCUCCAAAGCAUCUGCAGGGGCACGCAAUGCAGUAAGAAUGCAUGUCAGAUGUCAUUAAAAAAGGAACCUCUGAAUUCUGAAUGCAUCAAGAACGUCACAGGUCAGAUGUCUGCUGCAAGACAUGAAUUAAUUUGGUUUGAAAAUGGACUUCAUAAAUGUAUGGAAUAUGACAAGACUUUCAGCCAGGAAAAUGAACUAAACAAACAUUUUCAAAUGCAUAAAGUUGAUAAAUUAAGCAAGCAUUGUGAUUUUAAGGAGAGCAUCACAUUUCCUGAAAGCUUUGCAACACAUCGUCAGACACAUGUUGGGGAGAGACCUAAAAAUGAGCUCCACACUAGCAUUAAGAAUUCCAAACCAGGUAAAGGAGUUAAAGAGUGGGGCAAAAGGAAAAGUAGCCUGGCAAAACAAAAAAAUGACUGUUUAGGAAUGAAACACCGUAAGUGUGCAACACACGACAAGAGUUUUACACAGAAUGCCUGCCAUGAUAGGCCAUAUAAAUGUGCCACAUGUGGUAAAAAAUUUAAAAAGAAAUGGUAUCUCACGUGCCAUGAAAAAACUCAUACUGGAGAGAAACCAUAUAAAUGUGCAACAUGUGAAAAGAGUUUUAUAUGGAAGUGGAACCUUGCAAGUCAUGAGAAAAUUCACACCAGGGAGACGACAUAUAAAUGUAAGACAUGUAACAAGAGUUUUCAACGUAAGUGGAAGCUUGUAUUCCAUGAGCGAACGCACACAGGGGAGAAACCGCAUAAAUGUGCCACAUGUGGGAAGGGUUUUAUAUGGAAGUGGAGCCUCACAUGCCAUGAGAAAAUUCAUACUGGGGAGACCAAAUGUGAGACAUGCGACUUAAGUUUUGAGGGAAAGUACAAGCUGUUAUCCCAUGAGAAAACACAUGCUGAGGAGAAACCAUACCAGUGUGCAAAGUGUAGCAAGUAUUUUACGUUGAAGGACUCCCUUAUUCGUCAUGAGAAAACACACACUGGGAAGAAGCCAUAUAAAUGUACAAUAUGUGGGAAGAGCUUUCAGUGGAAGAACAACCUCACGUACCAUGAGGUAACGCAUACUGGUGACAGACCAUAUAAAUGUACCACGUGUGAUAAGAGUUUCAGAAGGAACUGGGAGCUCACGGCCCACAACAGGAUCCACACUGGGGAGAAGCUUUACAAAUGUGACACAUGUGACAAAAGUUUUCAGUACAAGAGCCGACUUGUAGACCAUGAGAAAACUCAUACUGGUGAUAGACCACAUAAAUGUACCACAUGUGGUAAAGGUUUUACAAGAAAGUCUCUCCUUACAUAUCACGAGAAAGGUCACACAAGAGAGAAGCCUUAUAAAUGUGCAAUAUGUGACAAAAGAUUCAUGCAUAAGUCUGCCCUUGCACGCCAUGAGAAAACACACACUGACGAUAAAAAAAGAAAUAUUGGACCAAAUGGAAAAAGACGUUACAGAAGAAGGGCUCCAAGUGAAAGAACCAAGCCUAGAAAGAUUAAAAUCCAAAAAGAAGCAUGCAGUUGGGAAAAAAAGAAACUUGAUAUGGUGCAGUAUAUCAGCAGAAAAGAAUGUUGUACUGACUAGAUUGCAGGUUCAAAGACAUCUGAAGAUGUUUACAGGCAAAGGCACCCAGAUGUGGCAAAUUUCACAAGAAGAGAGUAACGGUCCAAAAUGGAGUGCACUGAAAAGCAAGCGGUUCGGUACUUUAAAAUGGCAGCAAAAUGAAGCUAAGAUGACAGACCGAUGAGAAGUGAAGGUUUCAGUGUGAAGCUCUGGGUGCGACCCUCCAACACAUGUUUGAGAUGAAAAUGCUCAAAUCUCAGUAGCACGAAGAAAAAAUAACAGAAGAACGGCUUAAAGCCGAGUGCCGUUUCCGAUGCAAAGUCAUUGUCUGUGCUGUUUCUACGUGCUGUGGCAAGGAUUCACUUGUUUUGGGAGACUUCUUCAUUCUUUGAGUUGGUUCGACUGUGGAAUAGGUAUAUAUAAGUUUGGGGGGUGUCCCCCACAUCAGGCGUGCAAGGGAGCUUCCCCCAUGCAAAAAACAAGGAAAAAUAAUUUUUUUUGCCCUUUUCAGUAUUGGGCAUUUUAUUCACCCUUUCAUCACAUUGACUUUUAGGAAGUUGGCAUUUCAUUGUGGAAUCCUUAGAGCAGGAUACUUACUGAAGGUAUACCACAGAACAAAAUUUCAUAACUUUCGUCAGAACUGAUCGAAAGACCAGUUAGGAUAGUGCAUUUGGUGGGUGGGUGCAGUUCAGGAAACGAAGAUCAAAGAGGACUUUAUUAGUCAGGAGGAGAAAAGGAAGCCCUGCUCGACCUAUUGAUAGAGAUCAGCGAAAGAGGCUGCAAAACCCCAGGUGAUGUAACUAGAAUGCACUGCUUUCUAAGCUGCUAUAAUAAGUAAUAGAUCAGUACCAGCAAAGUAGAGGGCAGUGCAGGAAGGUGAAUGAACAAGUAGAUUACCAUUAUAGAAACACAGGCAGCUAUAAAGGAAUUAAGAUAAAAUCAUUGCUGGAAGAAAAUACAAAGGUGAAUAGCUUAGUAAAAUAGGUGCAGUAAAAGUAGCGCAUAACAUUGAAACAUCAAGACUGUGUUCUAUCAUUUCUAACAAUAAAUGAAAAAAAUCCCAGGACCAGGAAAUAGCUUAUAAUCUAUACAUAGAACUAUAAAGAAAAAGCACAAAGCAGGCAAUUUUUAUUCAAAAUUUAAAACGUUUUCUAAGGAACUUAGAAAGAAAACAACAGUAGUAACAUUACCCAGUAAUGAAAUAAGUUAUAUAUACACAUGCGUUGUCACUUCACAGCAAGAGGCUGGUCCAGUUCAAUUCUCAACUGGGGUGCCUUCUGUGUCGAGUCUGCAUGUCCUCCCUGCAUUCACGUGGGUUUCAUCCAGGUGCUCCGGUUUCCUCCCACGUUCCAAAGACAUAGACAUGCCUUAGGUGGAUUGGCAAAUUACCACAUUAGGAAACUGCAUAUGUUACAAAUUUGUACAUUUCAAAAUAAAGGUGCAUCAGUAUAGCAUAACAUUUUCAUAUAUGAACAAUUAAAAUAGCAGACCAGAUAUUCACUUGUUUGAGAUAAUGUAGAUGUUAAACCUGAAUCACCAUUACACGAUCAUCUGCUUUAAGGGGGCACUUUUUUUUUUUUUUUUUUUUUACAGAAGAGGUUGUUACUAAUUGGUCACAUAGCUUUUACAUUGAUAUUCUUCUGUUUUGUGUUCUGUCACUUCCCCUCUAAAAGUAACAUGCUAGUAAUUAUUCCUAAUAUUCUAUGCAAAAUCCAUUCUAAGUCUUUGGGGAAAUUUUGGAGAGGGCUGUUUCUGCAAGGAAGGCCUUCCAAGUGUUACACCAUCUUGUGGAAAAGCUCUUGUAAGGUUAUUAUUUUUUUUUUCAAGAGAAGGCUACACCUUAGCUAGAAUAAUUUUAAUCUUGGAGUGGCAAACAAGAGAACUGCUCUUGCUAUAACUGGACACCAGUUUGUAGAAGCCAGAGUGAGACAGUGGUGUUCCAUUGUCAACAAGUCAGAUGAAGCAACAUAUUUUAUUAUUGGCUGUUUGCAUAAGUAUGAUAAAAAACUGAAGGCCUGUAUUGGGAGGGCAAAAUCUUAUUUUGGUGUAAGGGCAUUUCUAUCAGUAGCCUUCCUUGCCUCAUAAGUUGUUAGGUUAGAGUUUUAGAUGAAUUUUAGGUGGAGAAGUAUCUUAUUUAUUGUAACCUCUGUGUGAUUUGGAAAUGUUACAUUAGGGUUAGGCCAUAUUCCUUGAGUUUGUUGCUUUAGUAUUUAGGUAAAUGUGUAGUUAAGAGGGUCUCAAAUAGUGAAUGAAUGCUACCCUUAAGUUUCUGAUUGGUACCAAGAAACAUUAUGAUUGCAUUGUUUGAUUUAAUUGUAAACACUUUGAGUUGAUGCCUAGUUGGGUGUAUUUUCUUCGGGUUCAGGAAUAUUUUCCUGGCCAUAUUGGAGCAUAUAAGUGGCAUACUGUUGUAGUACUCACUAGCUUUUGUGAUAAUGUCUCCUUCAGGGAUCCAAAUCAGUCACAUUUUCUGCAGUUAGAAUGUAGAAAAAGGUACCUUUUAAUAUUUUCAAUGUAAUUUAGAUAUAUAGUGCUGAAAUGUAGAAGAGCACAACUUGAAUUCAUUUUUAUGUAUGCAUUUUGAAAAGCUUUUUUUAAUAAAAUUUGAAGUCCAGAAAAAAGCAAUAGAUUCUUUGCCCCUUUUAUGGGCAAGCUUAAAAAAAUAGUUUUGUUCAAAUAAGCCAAAAACAUGUGACGUCCAACUUCACUACUAUCUCAGACUAAAAUUAUUGUCUGUAAAAUGGUAAAAGCUCACAUUUCUAAAAAAAAUGCUGUUGUACGCAAAAUGUUCUUCCUAAUAUACAGGUACAAUAUUUGUAAAAAUGGGACCCAUAGUUGCUUCCAGUUGCCUCUACACUAACUUCUCUGUACAUUUUAUUUUGCAAAGCAGUGCAAUCAUUUUCACAGUAAGGUCUAACCAUGCACCAAUGAAACCUAUUUCACUAGCUGUUUAUAUCCCACUUCUACAUGGUACACUUCUGUAUUACUCCAUACAUCGGUGUUUAGCGUAUUAAAAUAAAAAGAAACAAUGCUUUAUGUAGAAGAGAAAUACAUUUUAGUUUCUUAACAAACCCCACUGAAUCUUAUAUAUAAUGAGGUAAGGACCAAAACAUGCCUUUCAACUUAGCCUGAACUAAUGCUACAUAUGGUCCAGUCUUUGAAUGAUUAGCUGCUACAGCUAAGUGUAAGGCUGCAUCAGAGAUGUUUGUUAUUUCUGAGGUAGUUAUAGAUGCACAAGCACAUUCACACACAGUCUCUCUGUCUCUCACACUCACAU